GCUGGGAGGCCCCACAGACGCCAUUUCCUCGGCGCCCCCGCGGCGGCGCGGCUGCAUCAGCGCUGACGUGAGGCCGACGUGCGGCUCCGCCCGGCUCGAUCCCCCCCACCCCCUGUGACGGGGGCAGCACGUACAGGGCGGCGGUGCAGGGUUUGGUAGGAGAGAAAGGGAGCCGAAGAGAUCCAAGGUCUUGUUUUAAAACUCACACCUUCCAUUAUGACUAAGUGUGCCAAGAAAUAUCGAAAAGGAGUCAGACUGAUGACCAUGGAAAUGGUUGAACAGGAUGACAAUGCAGUGGAUUCUAUUACAGAGAGAAGUGCUGGUCACCUUCCGAAUCAGCCAGGCCAAAGUCAGAUUUCCUCAGGAUCUGAGGUUUCUGUAGCUGCUUCCAGUGCUGGAAGAGGAUCUCCAGCUGUAACUCUAGUGCAGUUGCCUUCUGGUCAAACUGUUCAUGUCCAGGGUGUUAUUCAAGCCACACAGCCCUCAGUCAUUCAGUCACCACACAUGCAAGCUAUUCAGGUAGCAUCGAUUGCAGAUGAAGCUGCACAUUCAGAAGUGAUAAUUGAUUCUCAAAAACGUAGGGAAAUACUUUCAAGAAGGCCUUCAUACCGAAAAAUUUUGAAUGAGCUCUCUUCAGAUGCUCCUGCAGUAUCGAAGAUUGAAGAAGAAGAGAAGUCAGAAGAUGAAGGAACUCCUUCUGUUACCAUAUCUCAAGGUGGUACAAUUCAGACUCUGGCAAAUUCAGGAGCUCCUCAGCCAGGCGCUACCAUUGUGCAAUAUGCAGCACAGUCAUCUGAUGGCACACAACAGUUUUUUGUUCCUGGAAGCCAAGUUGUUGUUCAAGCUGCCACUGGAGACAUGCCAGCUUACCAGAUUCGAACUCCUACUACUACCUUGCCUCAGGGAGUGGUUAUGGCAGCCUCACCAGGGACUUUGCAUAGCCCUCAGCAAAUGGCGGAAGAGGCAACACGCAAGAGAGAGCUGAGACUUUUGAAAAAUAGGGAAGCUGCCAGAGAAUGUCGCAGAAAGAAGAAAGAAUAUGUCAAAUGUCUUGAAAAUCGUGUGGCUGUGCUUGAAAACCAAAACAAGACUCUCAUUGAGGAACUCAAGGCCCUCAAAGAUCUUUAUUGUCAUAAAGCAGAAUAACUGUCUUUCAUUUGGACCUCCUUUAUUAUGAACUUUAAUCAAGGCAUGAGAGGAAGCAAUUCUACAGAUUGCCAUAUGAACUUGAGAAAGAGACACUUGAGGCCCUUGUGGAACCCAGUUUUGCUUAGUGUUUUCAGACUGAUUUGGGAGAUAUUCCAAAAUUUGGAAUUCUGUCAUAGUCUCCAUACUCUGCUGAGCUUUCUAAUGGCAUGCAAAUGGCUUUUUUGUUUGCACUUUUUACUUCUGCUUUUUGCAGGGAAGCUGCUAAAGAAUGUCGACGUCGGAAGAAAGAAUACAUAAAAUGUCUGGAGAGUCGUGUUGCAGUGCUAGAAGUUCAGAACAAGAAACUUAUACAGGAGCUUGAAACCCUAAAAGACAUUUGUUCUUCCAAAACAGAUUAGUAAAAAUAUUUAUUAUACUGUGAACUAAGAUAUGUCCAGUUGCUUUGUAAGACAAUACAUAGCCAACAUGACUUAUGGCUUUCUCUUUGUGUCAUUUAUAAUAUAUUCCAACUCCUAACAUUCCUGAAUGCUUUCCUGCUUUUUGUCAGUUCAUAGCUCUAAUUUCAGGUUUUUCAUGCACCAUCUUUCUGUCUCCCAAGGAGCCAAAUGUUAAAAAAUAUAACGAAGUAAAAAAGUGCAUAAUUUCUAAGAGCUGUUUCUUUGCCAUAUAUUUACAUACUACUUUCUACAUGUUAUUGAGUGUCCUGCACAUUCAAAAUAUUUUGCAAUUGUUUUAGAUGAAUCAUAAAGAUAAUGCAUCCAGUAAUACAAGAAAAUCAAACAACCCAAGGUAUCUCAGGAAAGAGUUUAUAAAAGAAUGUUAUGAUUAUAUGUAUGUACUAGCAUACUAGUCUACAGAUGAUUUUAUGGCAUAUUUUUAUAUUAGUUGCUUUGUGGAAAAAAGUAUUGUAUUGCUGUCACUGAGUGCCAUGGUUAAAGAUAGUUUUUAAUAGAACCAUGUUGUUUAACCUGUGUAGUGUCUGAUUUCCUUUAAAAAUCUGGUUGAGAUGCUUUAAAAUCCAUGAGUAUCUGAAAGAAGACAAAGGGAAAAAAGCACACCUAAGCUCAUGACAUGAUGCUAAGUGAAUUGUAAGUACCUGUAAAAAGCUCUCUGUUAUACGGCUGCUAUUUACUUAAAUUUUCUGUAAUCUGCAGAAUAUUUGAUUCAUUGGAGGUCUGUAUAUCAAAAUUUAAAAGUUUGUCCUGAAUACUUCACAUUUCUGAUCCUGUACACCUGUGGAUAAUUACCUGUGGUGAAGAUUGAUGGUUCAGUUCUUUUCACAAUUUCAGCAAACUACUGAGUGGUGGUUAAGGUGUCCUAAAGAAGGAAGUAACUAUAUUAACUAUAUAAUUCACUGGGUUCUGGAGUAGCCUACAGAUGAGAGCUGAAGAUUUUUAAAAUAAACUCAUGUUUAAACCAGA